AUGGGUCAUUUAGCGAGAAGACUUGGGGAAGAGGGAGGAAAAGCACGUGAAAAUUCAGGAAAGACGAAGUAUUCUGGGAAAGAUUCAGUCAAAGAAGUGCUAUCAGGGAUGAUUAAAAUUGUAACAGAAGAAGAGGACGUCAUGCAAUUCAUGGGUAGUGCUAAGUGGAAGUUUACAUACUUUGAAGGUGACGAAUAUUUUCUUCCGGUUUCUGCAAAGAUGGGAGAUGUUGCUGAGCCAUUCUGGUGUUUUGUGUGCGACAGUUUUGCGGGCUAUGUUGUAGAAACUUGUUCUCUUACAAGCCUUCUAGACAUACGUGAGAUGCAGGCAAAAAGCACCAGUCAGAAUGCCUUGAUGAUUGCCACCUCCAUUCUGUUACAUCUCUCCGAUUUCCUAACAGAUAUCAUACACGAACCACUUGCGCAUGAUUGCAAGGGCAGUUGCGCCAAAAAAAUUCUACGCCAUGCUGCGGAGAAGGCGGCUGACAACCCACAAAAGUUUAACGAGAUGCUGAAAAAUAAAGCAAUGUGGAGGUGCUAUGAUGAGACGCGUAAUUACAGCGAUGAAACGCGUAAUUACGGUGUCCUAGACAAGCUUUUAGUUAUUGUAGCAAAGCAGAAAUAUUAUGAUAUUGAAGAAGAAGAGAAAUUAGCUGUUGUAGACGUCCUAUUGCAAUGCGGUGCGCAGCCUGGAAGAUGCCAUGCAGUUGGUAAGUACAAAAACAAAACGGUCUUACACUCAGUUGCGAAAUUUCGAAACGAAGAUGUGGGAACAGAGGAUGCAGAAGCUUUGCUAUGCAUGUGUAAGGACCAAAGUGUAUAUGACUUUGUCAAUGCUAAAGAUGAGAGAGGAAGGACUGCUCUUCACAGCGCUUCAGAGAAAGGAAACGCACGUAUCUGUAGACUGCUUGUUGAUCGCGGUGCUUCAGUGAAUGCUCAAGACAAGAAAGGUAAGACAGCCCUGCACUGUGCAUUUGAGGGAGGGAUUGAUAAUGUUAAAGAUGUGGGCACAGAGAUUGCACAAGUUUUGCUAUGCUGGGGCGAUGAGGAAACUAUAAAUGAGUUUGCAAAUGCCGCAGAUGAGAGUGGGAGAACUGCACUUCACAUCGCUUCAGAGAAAGGAAACGUACGUAGCUGUGAACUGCUUGUUGAUCAGGGUGCUUCAGUGAUUGCUCAAGAGAAAAAGGGUAUGACAGCUCUGCACUAUGCAUUUGAAGGAAGGAUCGAUAAAGUUAUAGGUGUGGGCAUAGAGAUUGCACAAACUUUGCUACGAAGGUGUGAUAAGCAAAGUGUAUACGAGUUUGUCAAUGCAACUGAUAAGAGUGGGAGGACUGCUCUUCACAGUGCUUCAGAAAAAGGCAACGCACGUAUCUGUGAACUGCUUACUGGUCAUGGUGCCUCAGUGACUGCUCAAGACAAUAAGAAUAUGACAGCCCUGCAUUAUGCAUUUGAAGGAAAGAUUGAAAAAGUUAAAGGUGUAGGAAUAGAGAUUGCGCAAGCUUUGCUACGCAGAUGUGAUGAGCACAGUAUGUAUGAGUUCGUCAAUGCGUCAAGUCAUAGAGGAAGGACAGCUCUUCACGGCGCUUCAGAGAAAGGAAACAAACGUAUCUGUGAAGAGCUUCUUGAUCGUGGUGCUUCAGUAACUGCUAAAGACAAAGAGGAUACGACAGCCCUGCACUAUGCACUUGAAGGAGGGAUUAUAGAGAUUGCACAAGUUUUGCUACGGAGGUGUGAUGACACAAGUAUGUAUGAGUUUGUCAAUGUUGCAGAUAAGAAAGGGAGGACUGCUCUUCACUGCGCUUCAGAGAAAGCAAAUGCACAAAUAUGUGGACUUCUUGCUGAUCGUGGCGCUUCAGUGAUUACUCAGGACGAAAAGGGUAUGACAGCCCUGCACUAUGCAGUAAAAGCAGGAAGUAUAGAGAUUGCACAAGUUUUGUUAAACAGGUGUGAUGAGGCAAGUAUAUAUGGAUUUGUCAAUGCCGCAGACAUUCGAGGGAGGACUGCUCUUCAUUGGGCUUCACACAUAGGAAACACACGUAUCUUGAAACUGCUGCUUGAUAGCGGAACUUUAGUGAUUCGUCAAGACAAAAAUAGUAUGACAGGCCUGCACUGUGCAUUUAAAAAAGGGAUUGGUAAAGUUAAAAAUGUGGUAGAGGAGAUUGCGCAAGCUUUGCUAAGCAGUUGUAAUGAGCAAAGUAAAUAUGAAUUUGUCAAUGCCGCAGAUAAUAGACAGAGGACUGCUCUUCACCUCGCUUCGUUGAAAGGAAGCACACAUAUUUGUCAACUGCUUGUUGAUUGCGGUGUUUCAUUGACUGCCAAAGACAAAAAUGGUAAGACAGCCCUGCACUAUGCAUUCGAAGGACGGAUUGAUAAAGUGAUAGAUGUCGGUAUUGAGAUUGCACAAACUUUGCUAAGUAGGUGUGAGGAGCAAAGUGUAUAUGAGUUUGUAAAUGCCGUGGACGAGAGCGGAAAGACUGCUCUUCAUAGUGCUUCAGAGAAUGGAAAGGCAGUUAUCUGUGAACUGCUUGUUGAUCGUGGUGCUUCGGUAACUGCUCAAGACAAAGAUGGUAUGACCACCCUGCACUAUGCAUUUGAAGGAGGGAUUGAUAAAGAUAUAGAUGUGGCUACAGAAAUUGCACAAGCUUUGCUAGGCAAGUGUCCCGCUGAAAGUAUUUAUGAAUUUGUUAAUGCUACAGAUGUGAGAUGGAGGACUGCUCUCCACAGAGCUUCAGAGAAAGGAAACGCAUGUAUCUGUGAACUGCUGCUUGGUAGUGGUGCUUUAGCGACUGCUCAAGACGAAAAGGGUAUGACAGCCCUGCACUAUGCAUUUGAAGGAGGUUUUGAUAAAGAUAUAGAUGUUGGGAUAGAUAUUGCACGAGCUUUGCUACGCAGUUGUAAUGAGCAAAAUCUAUAUGAAUUUGUCAAUGCGGUAGAUAAGAGAGGGAGGACUGCUCUUCACAGUGCUUCAGAGAAAGGAAACGCACGCAUUUGUGGACUUCUUGUUGAUCACGGUGCUUCAGUGACGGCUCAAGACGAAAGGAAUAUGACACCCCUGCACUACGCACUUGAUGGAAGGUUUGAUGAAGUCAUAGACGCACUGCUGAAAAGUUCACGUGCCACUAAAUCACUUAAUUUGAAAGACAAUAGAGGCUACACACCUUUAGGUGUAGCUCUUACCAAUAUGGAUCAUAAGUCAACAAUGAAGUUGUUAUUACAAUCAAAAGAGCCAGAAGCUGAUUUAGGUAAAGCUCUUACCAACAUGAAUUAUGAGACAACGGCGAAGUUGUUAUUGAAGCCAGAAGAGCCAGAAGCUUAUUUGGAUAUAGCUCUUCCCCAAAUGGAUUAG